AUGAAAUACGGCGAACAACUCGAGCAGGAGUCUGUUCCAGAAUGGAGUCUACAUAACGUCGACUACAAUUCCCUAAAGCACGAGAUCAAAGUCCACACAAGUCGCGACCAGGCCACGGCCAUUGCCAUUCCUGGCCACCAAGAUGCCGCCCUCAAGAGGUUCGAGGACAAUCUCUACAACGAGCUCUGUCAGCAACAUGACCGUGUCGACCUGUUCGUGACGAGUAAGGCGGACGAGAUACAGCGACGCAUGCAACACAUCUCCGAUCAGGUCCAGAAGCUGGUUGUCAAAUGCGCCGAGGACGGAGACCAGGUUUCACUAAAGAGGCACCGCCGAUUCGCCAAAUACGAAAGGGACCUGCUGCGCUGUGGCGAGGAUAUCCUCGCUCUCGCCCGCUUUAUCAACGCCCAGAUUGUCGCCUUCCGCAAGAUCACAAAGAAGUACAAGAAAUGGACAGGGUCACCCACGCUCGGCGCGCGGUUUCGCGAGAACGUACUGGCCAACCCCAAGAGUUUCACCCGCCGAGAUUUCAACCAACUUCAAACCCGCUACGAAGAACUUCUCAACACUCUUCGCACUUCCGUCCCUCAAUUGAGCGAGCCCAGUUCGCCCUCAUCUGACGAGCAGAACAUGUCCCGCCGAGGCUCCGCCAACGACUUCUUCACGCCGUUGCCGCCCGCGCGGCAACCACUUCGUCAACAACCCCAGCCGCAGCAGCACUACUGGAACGAGUACGACGACGGCAGCGAGAACGGAGGCGCCGAGGAGGAGUAUGCCAUUUACAUCAACCCCGAUGACGAUUUGAGCUUCCCAGGCUUGGACUCGAUGCGCGCCAUUCUCGCGGCACCCUUUCGCCAUGCCAGAACGUGGUUCUCAAAGAGAGAGUCGGGGGAAAGUCAGCGACUGUUGGGCAACGGCCCCCUACUCGAGAGCUACGGUGGCAUCUCGCCCCUCGGCACCGAUACCGACGACGAAUACGCAAGCUCCGACGGCAUCCCGAACUCAGGUUAUGCCGCGCACUACGCUGCGCUACCUAGUAUCAACGAGCAGCAUGUCAGGUUGUACCGCGAGCGUGUACUCUUCUGGAGUACCAUCGGCUGCUUUGCCAUGUCCUUCCUCCUUCUCCUCGUCGCCGGCGUCCUGAUCACAACUGGCCGCCACAAGCUCCGCGUCGAGGUUGAUGCCGGCGUCACAGUCGGCGUCGUCUCUUCGCUCUUCAGCGCAUGCAUGGCCCUGGGCAUGACAAUCUACCGUCGCGAGCCCAUCGGUGUAUGGCAAACUGUGGCCGUCUACAGCAGCUUCCUUGCAGCGUGCAUACUCAACGGCAUGCUCCUAAUACUCGUGGUAGGGAACUAG